AUGGCGCCGGUGCCGGGUGGCCUGCAGGAGGAGGUGCUGAGGCAGAAGGAGCAGCUGAAGGCCCUGUGGGAGCACACUGGCACAACCGCCAGGCAGAAUAAGGAGGAUGGUCCACCUGAGGCCAAGCAGUUCAGAGGCGAUGCUGAAGAGGCAGAGACCGCAAAACACAAUGAGCUCAAGUUGCAGAAUUACGUGCCAGACGAUGAAGAGCUCAAGCAGCAAGUGGUGUCUCAAGCCAAGCCAGCCUCAGGGGAGGACAAGGUGAAGGACCAGCUGGAGGUUGCCAAGCCCGAACCCAUCAUCGAAGAAGUGGAUUUGGCAAACCUUGCACCCAGGAGGCCUGACUGGGAUGUGAAGCGAGACGUUGCCAAGAAACUGGAGAAGCUUGAGAAGCGAACGCAAAGGACCAUUGCCAAGCUAAUCAGAGAGAGGCUCAGAGGCCAGGAGGAGAACUUGGCAUCAGCGGUCAAUGCAGCAAAGCAGGAUGGAAGUGACUCGGACUGA